CAAUACACAGAUGUUAAGGGUAAAAGAUCCAAAUAAAAGUAAUUGUAGAAAGAACCUCCUCCAUAUUGAAGUCGGUUAAAAAUGAGAUUAACAAGCAACACAGGUUUGUUAUCAAGCGCUCCUCAAAAAUCGGCAGUGGUGAAAACAAAGAGUACGAUUGAGCUGCGCUGUGAGGCGACUCCCGCGCCGUUCAUCCUGCGCCCCUAUGCUGGUUUAUACAACCCCUUCCCACACGGCUGCUCUGUGCUCUGUAACCAUCCCGCCGAACCUGAAGCUAAGGAGUACGUAAGAAGAGCUAAGGACGCAUGGGCUUUCGAGGGGAAAAUUUAUAAUUUCCAAGAGGAUUUAAGUAAGAUUCAAGAUCAAUAUGACAAGGAGAAGAACAGAACGCCGCAUGAUAUCGUCACUGAAGACAUGUUUAGGAGAUAUACGGAGACAGACUCGAGGCCGCUUACUCCAGCGCCUACGCUCGCCAGCGGCAAGUCUAGAGGAUCAAGAAGAUGUUUGACCCCGGAUCAACCACGACAAAGAACAACUAUUGUACUCGAUUUGAGAAGAAGUCAUAGUCAGGAAACUUUAUACUACCAUGGUUAUGGUACAUCAGAGCUGACGGCAGGACACAGCGCGGCGGAGCGGUCUACUCUUCAAUCGAACAUGUCUGAUAGUACCCACGGUCGUCUGCUGACUGGCCACUGUGAACAACUACCACCAUUAGCUUCGCCAUUGGUACUGGCGAAAAGAAAUUUACCAGUCAAAGAUCUCCUGAGCGAGCGAACUGCUAGAAAGAAUCAACUGAAAGCUCUGAACCUGGGAAAAGUUAUCAAAAGUAAGAAUAAAGUAGAAACUCCCGCGUCUGAGCGAUCAAAAGGUGAAAAGGACAGCAAUGCCUCUAAUGAAGCUGCCAACACUGGAGACACUGGUGAGGUCCGACGGCGCGGUAAGAGGCGGCGCAAGCCACGCGGCGCGGGUAGUGACCGUCUGACCUCCGCCGGCCUCGCAGCUCAGGCGCAGCAGGAUCCUGAAACCCAAAUAGCAGGUAUAGGCACUGACUCCCAUAAUGCCAGUUCGCGCGGUUCUAUAGCGACCGCAGAGGACGUACCUCUGCCACUCGUGGUCAAGUCCACACCAACAUCCACCACUGACUCAUUCUUAGAUGACGACAUACUCAAGUACUUGCAUAGAGAAGUUGAUGAAGAAGCUAUCGAAACCGAGUUCGAUACUAAGCGUCGUUACGUGCUGAAAGAGGCACUACGGACGCGUAUGUCGCGGCCUGCGGGACCUGAGCUGCAAAGCGUUGUGCGUGCGCUGCCGGCGACCUGCAGUCUGGCUGACUGGCUGCACGUGCCGCGUGUCUUCUCCCGCACCAACGCAACAUUUGCCCUACCCAUAGACUACACCGCACUGGAGACUCUUUCGCCAAUGUCGUACGCUGCAAGGUUUGUGACAAUCAAAAAGUCGAAGCAGCUGCUCUACCUCACAGUACUCAGGAAAUUCAGACCGAACGGUUACAGGAUGCCAAUAAAGAACAUUGAAGAAGGUCUUAUUCUAAUGAUGGGCGGAAUUAUGAAUAUAGACCAGGCGCACCAGUUUAAAUGCAUUAUGGAAUGGGACUCGUACGAGGAAGAGAAUAACUUCCCAGAUGAAAUUAAACUGAAUCUAUUGGACGAGAGAUACAAAGAACAAUUUGCUUCAGAGCACGCUGAAUUAGAGGACAAUUCCAAUACUUUAAAAUAUCGCACGUGGUGCGGUUUAUGUGCAAUAUGCGAACGAAUGUAUGGAAGAUAUCCACCGAGGGAGAAGGAUCCACCCGAUGGAAUAGAAUUGAGCGACUUCACAAUGAUAGAAACAAAACUGGCUGCAUUGAAAGUACACAGUGGUCUGGUGGAAAUAUUAAAUGUUAUAAGAAUACGAUAA